AACAUGAUUGCCAUCGGAAUUUUCACUUCGUUCCUUUUAUUUUCGUCUCCGAUUUCUGCGGAAAACUGGAAACGAUAUUUAAAAUUCGACUCUAAUUAUGAGCUUUGGUGGUCCAUGUACGACGAUUCCAUCACUUUCCAAGUGGAAGUGGCGACUAAUGGAUGGGUCGGAUUUGGAAUCUCCUCAAACGGAGGAAUGAAAGGCAGUGAUAUCGUCAUUGGAUGGAUUAACGAUAACCAAGCGAUAUUUCACGAUAGACACGCCGAAGGAAAGUUUCAACCGAAAAUCGACGAACAACAGGAUUGGGAAUUGUUAUGGCACGAGAAAAACGAUACUCAUACAAAGUUACGAUUUAAAAGAUUGCUGGACACGUGUGAUGACCAGGAUAUGGUCAUUACGGAAGAAACUACGAGACUGAUAUACGCUUACAGUCCCCAAAAUCCCAAUUCUAUAGAUGCAGUUAGUUAUCACGGACCAACCACUAGAGGAACUAAAAGUGUUUUUCUGAAAGAGGAAGUUGAACACAAAUUUACAGAGAAACCAGAAGACAUUUAUCAUUGGGAUGUUCGAAGUCCAAACGUUACAAUUCCGGAAGGAAGCGACACUGAAUACUUUUGUACAUUUAUCAGAGUUCCUCAUCUUGAUAGAAAAAAUCAUAUUAUAGAAUUUGGUCCACUUAUUCAACCGGGACACGAAGGCGUUGUUCAUCAUAUGCUUUUAUACGAAUGUACGGGCGUUACAAACGAAACUGUAUUAAAAUAUGCAGAUAAAUCAUAUCAUAGAUGCUACACUAAAAAUUUAGUUCCAAAAUUUCCAUUUUGUUUAACUGCUAAUUUAGGUUGGGCAUCUGGAGGUGGCAAAUUUUAUUUUCCUGAAAAUAUCGGUCAUCCUUUGGGUCUGCCUGAUGCCGAAUGGUUUCUAUUGGAAGUACAUUAUGAUAAUCCAUCAUUAAAAGGGGCUGUCGAUAAUUCGGGAUUAAGAAUUACAUAUACACCAAAACUCAGAAAAUACGACAGUUCGGUGUUAGGUACGGGAAACUUAUGGUAUCCUUGCAUGUUUGUGCCACCGAAACAGAAAGAAUUUGUCAUAUCUGGACACGUAGCUCCUUCUUGCUUGAAACAGCGUGUUCCUCCAGGAGGUAUCAAAGUCUUUAGUAUUUUGCUUCAUUCACAUUUCCUAGGAAGAAGGAUAAUUGUCAGGCAUUUUCGUGGUAAUGAAGAACUCGAACCGAUUGCAUCCGAUGUUAAUUACGAUUUUAAUUUACAGCAUUUUCGUAAGCUUUCGAAAAUUCGUACUGUCCUGCCUGACGAUCAUCUUAUUGUUGAAUGUGCCUACGAUUCUCGUAAAAGAAGCAGAGUAACCUUUGGUGGUUUAUCUUCGAGAGAAGAAAUGUGCAUCGUAUUUUUAAUGUACUAUCCAAGAAUAAGUUUAGCAUUGACUGCAAGUUGCCCUCUUCCUAAGAAUUUUCUUAGUUCUCUUGGAGUUAAACGAAUAUUUGAAGACGACAAGUUUCUAAUUUCUCCAUUUACUGGGAAGAAUGAAAGUUUCUUCGAAUUCCUUUACGAUUAUCCGUGGAACAAGAAUGCAAUUGAUGUUUCGAGAAAAUCCAUGAGAUAUAGUCCUCAACUGAAUCUUUGCACAGAUCGAGGAUGGAAACUUGUUCCGACCUUUAUUCUAUCAACUUAUCCGAAAGUGAAGAAAAGUUACGUGAAGCCAAGUAAAUGCGGUUUCAGAAGAAACAACCAGAAAAGGUUAGAUAAAGAAAACGAAAAUACUGAAUCCGAAAACGAAUUUGAAGAUAUUAAUUUUAUGAAACGUAGUUCCUCGAAUGGAAGUGUAAUUCCGUACCCAUUACUCGAUCAGUUCUUCUCGACUCUCUUCUUAAAAUCUUCAACAGAAAAUUGGACAAAUUAUUUAAGAUUAGAUCAUAAUUACGAAGUUUGGUGGUCGGUCCAAGGCGAAUGGGUCACGUUUCAAGUAGAAGUAGCCACAAGAGGAUGGGUUGGAUUCGGAAUCUCACCGAAUGGAGGAAUGGCAGGAAGUGAUAUAGUCAUAGGAUGGGUCAAUAACGGAAAAUCGAUAUUUUAUGAUAGAUUCGCAGAAGGAAAAUUCCAACCAAAAAUAGACGAGCAUCAAGAUUGGGAAUUACUUUUGUCAUAUGAAAAUGACACUCACACAAGUCUUCGUUUCAGAAGGACGUUUAAUACUGGAGAUUAUCAAGAUUUAUGUAUAAAUCCUUAUGAAACUAUAAAAUUGAUAUAUGCUUAUCAUCCUGAUGAUCCUGUUUCAGCUACUACAGUUAUGUAUCAUGGAACAAAAACAAGAGGUUCUAAAAGUACUUUACUGAAAAAAGUUGACAAAAUUGAAAAUUUGAACGAACCUUCGAAAGAUAUUUAUCAUUGGGAAGUUAGAAGUGCCAAUGUUGUGUUACCAGGUGAUAAAAACAGCGAAUAUUUUUGCACCUUCAUCAAACGUCCAAAGCUGAACAGGAAGCAUCACAUAACAGAGAUUUCUCCUUUGAUUAAACCAGAAAAUGAGCGAUUUGUGCACCACAUGGUACUGUACGAAUGUUAUGUCGAUGAGGAAAAACUGUUACCCUAUUUGGAAGAAGAAUAUCACGAAUGCUUUGAAGAAAAUUACGUACCAAAAUUUCUGUUUUGUUUAAAUCCAUCUAUAGGAUGGGCUGUUGGAGGAGGGACAAUAAAGUUUCCGAAAGAAGCAGGUUUACCAAUUGGAUCACCAGACUUGGUUUGGUAUCUUUUAGAAGUUCAUUACGACAAUCCUGGUUUCGAAAAAGGCAUCGUUGACAAUUCUGGAUUAUUAAUCACUUAUACAUCCAAACUUAGGCAAUACGACAGUUGGACUUUAACUAUCGGUACUUUAACAUAUCCUUGUAUAUUUGUGCCUCCAAAACAGAGAGAAUUUACCGUUUCAGGUCAUGCACAUCCUUCUUGUCUUAGACAGAGAAUUCCUAAAGAAGGAAUUAAAGUCUUUUCUUCUAUGCUUCAUUCACAUGUGAUCGGUAAAAAAAUAACUGUAAGACACUUUCGAGGAAAUGUGGAAUUGCCGCCAUUAAGUAGAGAUAGAAAUUACGAUUUUAAUUAUCAAGAAUAUCGCCUCUUACCUAAAGUACGCACUGUUUUACCUACUGAUCAUCUAAUCAUAGAAUGCACUUAUGAUUCUUCAAGAAGAUCUUCUCCAACUUACGGUGGAUUUUCAACGAGAGAAGAAAUGUGUAUAGUUUUUCUUGGAUAUUACCCGAAAAUAAAUUUGUCUGCAACUUUCAGCUGCCCUUCUCCCGCUAAUGUCCUGAAAAGAAUGGGAGUAAAAAAAGUUUCAGAGUAA